AUGGUGUGGGUGACGCCGGACCACCUCGCCCUAGCACAGCCGUUAUGGGUAGUCGAACUGCGCAACCCCUACUUCGUUGUCCAGCGUAGGAAGGGCCACGGAACGAAGGGGCUCAGUUCUAUCCUCGUGGCCACAAUUGACUCGGUCUUCGACACGCGCCCGGCGCCUUAUCGAAUCAUUUAUGAAAGUGACAAUGACGCCGAAUACGUUGCUUUCGUUGUUGCCGUCGCUGUGCACCGCAAGGAAAUCCUCGAACAUUGGGAAUGGCUUGAAAAGAACCUAAUGGCGACGCUAGCUUCAUUUGACCAUGAGCGGGAUGUUCGUCGCUUUGUGAUGUGCAAGAUCGAAAGUCUGGUGAAUGUAGCUGUCGAUCAGCCGAACGCUGAAGACUUGGACUCGUUGUCUAACCGCUCUGUACACACGAAAUUCCAACGACAAUUUCAACUGCCCGGUGAAGAACGAUUGGUGAACUAUUACACAUGUUGUCUCUUUGCCGGUAAGGUCCCGAUGCAGGGUCAUCUUUACCUGUCCGUCAACUUUCUAUGUUUCUAUUCGUUUAUUAUGGGCAAGAAGACAAAGAUCAAGCUUAAGUGGACGGAUAUUACGAAAUUGGAACGAGUCUCCACACUGAUCUUGCCACAAGGGCUAUCCGUGACGACUCGCGACACUCGCUACGAUUUCUCAAUGUUCCUCAACUUUGAUGAGACGUACAAGCUGGCGUCUCAAUUGGCGAACAUCGCAAUGAAGCAGCUAAUCGAAGAAGAGGGCUUUUGCGAAGAUGCGCAUCUACGUAAGAAGGUACUGGGCGAAACCAUGGCAAGGAAGAAGAAGAAUUCGGGGUCAUUUCUGAAGCGUGAUUUGGACGCGCGGCAAAGAUCAGAGAGUUACAGGUCAGUA